AUGACCUUCCUCACUCUCACGCCUUGGCUGUGUUGUAACGCAUACGACGAGGAUGGACGAGUCUGGUAUGAGGAGUGUAUCUCGGCCAGAUUCAUUCGGCCUGUUGAGGAGGCCGUGAGGGGGGCUCUGAAGAAUGCGGACUGGGACCCCCUCGUCCCCAAGGCUGGCAAGGGGAAGAAGGCCUCGGCUGUGAGUCCUCGACCGAGCACGCCGGCCGCAGCCGUACCCAGGGUGGUGGCCCCCUCUUCGGUUAGAGUAGCGGUUGUGACCUCAACUGCGGCCCCGACCCCCAGAGCGCCGGCUGUAGCGGGGGCGCAUAGGGCCAUGCCAUUCGCCCCGCCGGCUUUUUUCACUUCGCCGUUAGCUUCUCCGAGCCACCUUUGUCUUUGUUUACUUGCUUAUUACCUAUUUUACCUCUCCCUGUACACACAGCCCCAGGUCGCAAGAGGGAUUGAGAGGCCCCAAACACUGGGGGCCUAG